AUGAACGAAAUGGCCUAUAUCGUGCAAGCGUGGCUACCCCUUCUGGUCUGGCAACAAGUUGAUGCUCCCAAGUACCACAAAGGUUUCAUCACGGUAACCUGCCUAUCUGUGUGCAUCAUCAUCACAGCAUUGGGGACUAGAUUCUUGCACGAUAGGGAGAUUCAAAGAGGAGAGAAGGAGGUCAUCAGAGGAGAAACGGAAGGGUAUGAGACUGGUGUUGAAACCCCUCUGCAGCACACGGUUGAGGUUCAAAGUGGAGGUAAGGCUUAUGUUUAA